CUGACAACCCUGUACAAGUGAUGUGAUGGCAAUUGUUCCAUGUAUUUUGUGUUGUUUUAAUCCUUUUUUAUUUUAAUUUUACGAUAACAGUAUGAAAUAAAGUGAACAAUAUGGUAGAUGAAGGCACAAGGAAAACUUUAAGUAGUAUACCACUACUGCAAACCAAGGCUGGACCACGAGAUAAAGAGUUAUGGGUUGCUAGACUGAAGGAGGAAUAUCAAGCGCUCAUUAAAUAUGUACAAAACAAUAAGACAGCAGAUAAUGAUUGGUUCAGGCUGGAAUCAGAUAAAACAGGUACCAGAUGGUUUGGAAAAUGCUGGUAUGUCCACAACCUUUUGAAGUAUGAGUUUGAUCUGGAAUUCGAUAUACCUAUCACAUACCCGACAACUGCACCAGAGUUAGCUCUCCCAGGUCUUGAUGGAAAGACUGCAAAAAUGUACAGAGGAGGAAAAAUAUGCCUUACAGAUCAUUUCAAGCCAUUAUGGGCUAGGAAUGUACCCAAAUUUGGAAUUGCUCAUGCUAUGGCUCUUGGACUUGGACCAUGGCUUGCUGUUGAAAUUCCAGACUUAAUAGCAAAAGGUAUUGUCACAUACCAAGAGAAGACAGAAGAGGCAAAAUGAUUUUUGUUGUUUAAUCUAUAUAGAGUUGCAAAUAUAUGUACAUAUAUAUAUUUUACACUGUGUUUAGUAUUGCUCUUUUAAAUGAAAUUAUAGUGUGUUGGUACAAAAAA